GCCUGAUGCCCCCAGGGGCUGUGCAGUGUUGUCCCUAGUAGCCCAGAGGGGCUUAGUGGCUGGGGUGUUGCUAUUGCAGGACUUGCCCUUAAUCCUUCUAUCUCACAUUCCUGUUAGCAAAUAAUCCUGUGUGGAUACUGGGCUGUGCUCCCUGGUGGCUUCAGGGGAGCUGGGGAUACCCAGGGCUCCCGCCUCCUUUAAAUCACUUCCUCCAUUGUGCCUGGGAGUGUUAAGCAGAAACAGUUAUUCGCGGCAGAAUGGGUGGCAGGGCCAGACCGUCACCCUGUAAGCUUAUUGCCGUAUCCCAGGUCCUUCUCCAGCUGGUGUCUGUCGCUGUCGUUCCACUGUAUCGGAUAUUAGAUUGGAAAAUCUUUGGGACAGCGACCACAUCUUUUUAUGUCUUUUGAAAGGGCCAAGAGCACUAUUGGGGUGGCUUAAAAAUAAGACAAAACUAAUAUCUUUGGGCUUGCCUACACAUGGAGUUAUUCCUGAUUAACUCCCCAUGUGGACACUCUUAUUUUGGAAUAAUAGUGCCUUGUUUCUGUUUAGCUUAUCCCACUUUCAAAGGAUCAGAGCUAACUCCAUGUGUAGACAAGCCUUAAGUAACUAACUGAGCUGGAAACUUUUUUUUAAUGCAAAUGUAAACUUCUCCAAAAAUCAAGGCGCCUGUUUCCCUCCACGUACAGUGAUGGGAAAACUGCCAUUUGUCACUGACACUAGUCCAGAGAUGGGAAACAAAAAUAACCGGCCUGUGGUAAUUCUGCUGGGGUGGGCUGGCUGCCGUGAUAAACACCUGGUGAAAUACAGCACCAUCUACCAUCAGAAGGGGUGCACAGUUAUCCGCUACACAGCUCCAUGGAAGAUGACGUUUUUCGCAGAAUCCUUUGGCAUCAGGUCCCUCCGGACCCCAGCUAGGAAGCUGCUGGAGCUGCUCUUUGACUAUAAAAUUGAAAAGAAACCGCUGCUGUUUCACGUGUUCAGCAAUGGCGGGGUCAUGCUUUACCGCUACAUCCUAGAGCUCAUCCACACGCACAGGCAGUUCAGCAGCCUCAAGGUGGUGGGCACCAUUUUUGACAGUGCCCCCGGCAGAAGAAACAUGGUGGGGAGCCUGCGUGCCUUGGCAGCUGUCUUGGGCUCGACUAACGUGCUGCUCAAGUAUGGCCUCCUGCUUGUCUUCGCCAUCCUGGUGGUGGUGCUGCGGAUCUUGCUGCAUCCAGUGACUCGCUUCUUCCAUGAGACCCAUUAUGAUGCCCUGCUGAAUGGGCCUUCGAGGUGGCCCGAGCUCUACCUCUACUCCAAGGGGGACAGGAUCAUCCUGGCCAGUGACGUAGAGCACAUGAUUGAGGCCCGGCGGCAGCACAAUGUUGCAGUGAGAGCUGUGGACUUCUCAGACUCUGCUCAUGUCAGUCACUUGCUGGCAUAUCCCUCCUAUUACAUGAGCCUCUGCACCUCUUUCAUGUAUGACUGCGUUGGAUGCUCGUAGGUUUCACCCCGCAGAGGUAGCAAGUGCCUGUGUAAAGACCCCCAGCAGAUGCUCCCUCUUCACUGGGAUCACACCGGAAACAAACUGCUCUCUCUCUAUCUCUCUGCCUCUCUUUCGUCAUCAUCUCUCAGCUUACAAUAAAAUCCUGAGCCCAACAUCCUUCCCCAGA